AUGGAGCAGCCCAAGAGACGGGCUUGUGACGAGUGCCGAGGGAGAAAAAUGGCCUGUUCGAAGGAGAUCCACGGCUGCUCUCGUUGCAAACGCGAGGGUAUCAAAUGCGUGUACUCCGCUCAGAAACGCAUGGGUCGGCCGAGAAAGAAGCGCCUGACCGAGAGAUCAGAGCCGUCACAGUCCGACCCGUCGCAGUCCGAGUCGUUACAACCGGAGCCGCCACAUCCACACGUUGCAGUUGCCGUAUUAACUGAGGGAGUGAAAGAAGAGGUCAACCAGCUCAUGGCCCCCAAUUUUGAUUUUGAUCCCACGCUUGGCAUGGAUCUCGACCUUUCGUUUCUUGACAUGGACAACAUGGACAUGAACUUUUUGGAAAUCGCCGACCCCAACAUUCAGUUUCCGCCUCCGCAGCCCCAGAUUAGCCCAGAUCCUGCGCCGGGUAGUCACAAGAAUCAACAUGCUAAACCCGGCUGCGACGACAAAGGCCCCUUCUGGGCCAUGAGCCAUAACGUAGCCGACAUCAACUUCGAUGAGCCGGCCCGUUCAUCCCUACCUACCCCCGCCCCGUUACCCGAGAUCACGGCCGAGGAAGUCGCCCAAAUAUUCAACACCGAUUUCGACACACUCCCCAGCCUUUCGCCACCAUCAACGAAUUCGCCGAGUACACAACCAUCCCCUGCCGACUCAGACAGCAGCAAAAUAUGCGGUUGCGUGACGGCCAUUUCCCAAGCCCUCACUUCGCUACAGGAUCUCCCCAAAGAGGUCGGCGCGGCCAUGGCCGUCGCCCGCAACGCAACCAAGACCGCCCACGACACCAUUCUCUGCCCCAUAUGCAGCGACCCUCCUCUGGAUCCUAACCUCAGCCCCCCUAUCCAGUCGCUUCAAAGUGUCAUGAUGCUGGGCGCUCUGCUUCCAUCCGUCUCCAACGCAUACAUGCACAUUCUCACUAUGGUCGACGCUGAGGCGGCCGCGGCCGAUGCCGAGCGGCGCCAGAUCCGCUUUUCGUUAAGCAGGUACGGAGGCCUGUGGGGAUACGUGGCUAAGGUCGACCCCCAAAAAUGCGGUACCGGAGACCGGCUUGAAAAUGCGAUGCUGGAGCCAAUACUAUGGCGGCUGACGGUCCGGGCCUUGCUUAAGAUGGACGUGUACGGGAUUAACGAGUUCACACCGGGCGCCAACGACCCCGAGGCCCAGCAACCCGGGCUCAAAGACAUCAUCAACAUGAUGGAAGAGCGAUCGCGCCGCCGGCAUGAACAGAUGGACGCCCUGAUAGCUUCCGGAGUGGUACUGCGAUCGAACUGCCAAUAUGUACCGAUGUCGGGGAUGGAAAAGCCGACGUGUAUGCGGAUCAUUGAAAUCGCGAAGCGGUCGAUGGAUGACUUGAUCAUUCCAUGA